AUGCUGCCGGCGGCGACGCUGGGGCCAGACCGGGCCCUUCCGGUAGCAGCGACCGGGGCGGAGGGGGGUGGGGGAAGGACCGGACGGUCCCCACCCGAGGCCACGCCCCCUCCACAAGGCCACGCCCCACCGGAGCCCUGGGCCCGGGGCUGGUUCCCGGUGUCGGUGCCCGAAUCCCGGUCCCGGUUUCCGGUCCCGAUCCCGGAUCCCGAUUCCCGGUUCCCUUCGGUCCCGCCCCGAGCCCCGCCCUUUGUUAGCCCCGCCCCCGGCGCCGCCGCCCUUUGUCCGCCGCCGUUGCCGCGGGCCCCGCCAUGGCGGAGCGGUGAUGGGCGGCGGGGCCGGCCCGGGGAUAACGGGGCCGAGGGGAACCGGGAGCCUCAUGCAGGGACCGGCGCCAUGGGGCAGGUCCUGGGCUUCGCCCACUGCAAAGAGGCUCCGUCCACGGCCUCCACCACCCCGGACUCCACGGAGGGUGGCCCCGAGGAGCCCGAGUUCCCCCCCGAGCUUGCAGCGGCCCCGGAGCCCCCCGAGGAGGAAGAGGAGGAUGAAGAUGGGGGGACCCCCCCUCGGACCCCCCCCCGCGAGCUCACCUUCUCCUACAUCGCCUUUGGGGGGGGGGGCAGCGCCCCACAAACCGAACCGGGCCCCCGAUGCCGCCGGGACCCCCGCCGGGGCCGCCCCCCCCGCUUGGGUUCAGGGCCCCCCUCCCGAGGGCUGGACCCCAAUUUAGGGGUCAGAGCCCCCCUAAAGCGGCCCGGGGACCCCCCCGCACCCCCCGAGGGGCGGCCGGAGGUGGGGGGGGGCCCCGAGAUGGAGGAGCCCCCGAUGAGGCCGGGUAUGGGGGAAGUUUGGGGGGGGACGGACAUGGGGGUCCCUAAGGGGGUGUGA